GCAGCGCCGCGCCGCGAACCAGGCAGCCUGCGGCGGGGGUUGCACGCCUGCGCGGAGCGGGGGGGAGCGACCGUUGGCAGUUAGUCCGUGGAAGGCAGCUGUGGAGUUUGGUUGGCCCGUGUGCGCGAACGAGUGUGUGUGUCCGUGCGUCGUUAAUUUCUUCGCGGACAGCUAAUUGUUCCAUUGAAAGUUUCCAUUCGUUACGUCGUCGCGAUAAGCGCAUUUACGUCCCGGCUCCGGCACCAGCGUUCGAACAUUCAAAACCGGAUAAAGUUUUCUUUUCCGAAGUGGUGGGUGGAUCUCGUUGUGUUGGCAGUCUUGAAAAUGAAUUUUUCAAUUCGGGACUUUUCGCGUUCGAAAUGCGCGUCUUCGUGAUGUUUUUCAAUCAACAACUACUUUUGGAAUAAUACGUGCGGUGAAGAUCUGCAUUGUUUUCCUGUCCAGAAUAGAGCGGACGACCACACUUCCUGUAUUCACGAAGACCGAGAACGAAUGUUGCGCGAUGUCGCCGACGCCGCCACUGCCGGUGACGGAGGAUACGCCCCCCGACAUGCUGGCCGGCUCCAUGGACCUGCAGGUGGUGCUGCCCAGCGGCAACAGCGUCAAGAUGAGCGUCGAGCGCAGCACCCCGAUGAUGGACCUGCUGGUCCAGGUGACGACGGCCAAUAAGCUCGCGCCGGGCAGCCACGUGCUGCAGGCGCUCGGCGACCGCGGGGUGUUGCCCUACAAGCCCAGCACCCCCAUCGGCACCCUGGACACGUGGACCAUCCACGUGGUGCCCAAGUCGCGGCUCGGCUCCGCCUCCUCCAAGAAGGCGCCGCUCAAGCCCUCCAACCAGCAACCCUUCGAGCAGACCUUCCGUCUGCAGGUCCAUCUGCCGCGCAACCAGUUGUUCGUGACGCGCACCAGCUCCAAGAGCGCGCUGGCCGACAUCCUGCGGCAGGUGUGCGGCGAGAAGAACCUCGACCCCGCCAAGUACGAGCUGCGCCACCCAGGUAACCUGGACGAGGUGCUACAGCUGGGAGCAUCGCUCGCCGACUACCGGCUGCAGGAGGUGGUGCUCGCGGCCAAGUCUCGCCCGCUCAGCGCCAGCCACUCCACCGCAGACAUCAUGGUGCUGCACCGCGAGGAGGAGAACCGGCGCCAACAGGCCCGGUCCGGGUCCUCUUCCACGUCCAGCCGCCUGUUCGGCGUCUUCAAGAGGAACCGCUCCAGCGCGGGCGAGGGCAGCGUCAGUAGCGACAGCCUGGGCGGCCGCAGCGUGUCCCCGUCGCACUCCGACGAGUCCGUGGGUCGCUCCGCCUCCCCUCCCGCCCCCGGACCGCCCUCGGCGCCCUCGCGGCCGCAGCGCAAGAGGCGGCCCGCCCCCGCGCCCCCCGUGGCACAGCAGCAGGUCGCGCCCGCCCAGCAGGGCUCCUCCAACAAGGGCGAGAAGGGCGCGCUCAUGUCGCACUCGCGCAACAGCUCGGACAGCAGCGGCUACCACGAGGCGUCCGUCCUCAGCGAGAGUCCGGACAGCCACAGCGGGCCGCAGACCUUCGACAGCGGAGUGGACUCCCUGCCGCGACGCAGCAAGCUGACCCAGCCGGCGACCAUGGGCGACCACUCGCACGCCCUGUCGCGGUCGCUGUCCAGCCUCGCCGCCCGGGCCCCGGGCAAGCCCUCGGCGCUCAGUGCCUCCACCACGGCUCUCUGCCCCCCAGGUCAAGUGCCGAAGAAGAAGCGGGCGGCCCCCCCUCCCCCCAAGACCCUGGUGGCCGCGGCCGCUCCCGAGGACCAGGUGAAGACGUCCUCCCUGGACAGACAUCCCCGGGACAAGGACGUGGCGGCGCCCGAGAAGUGUGCGUCGCUCCCGGCGGCGGCGAGGCUGUCUCGCCAGGAGGGCAGCGUGUCCUCGUUCGACAGCGCCUCGAAGGUGUCCCUGCGCUCGGCGAGCUCCACGGAGGAGGAGGAGGAGGACCAGCCCCCGAGCGCGCCCGCCCCCGCCCCGCCCCCCCGCGCCCCGUCUCCGCAGCUAGCGCCCCCCGUAGAGCCCCAGCCCGUUGCAAUCCCAACCCCGACACCUCGAGCCAGGCUGACCGCCUCGGAGACCCCUGCGCCGAGAGCGCCUGCUCCCGUCCCGCGACCCAGGAGGAUGUCGCUCGAGAAGGCAGGAGGUCCCGGCCUCGAAGCAACGGUCGGAGGGGAAGCUGACGCUAGGCACGUAGUCGCCGGGAAAGGGGAAGUGCCCCGUGAAGUUGAACGUCGCGUUGCAGAUGUUUGCCCGGACGUGGCUGUGUUCGAGGACCACUCUGCUUCCACCUGGAGUGACGCUCGUCUCGGACGAGACGACCGCCCGGGAAGCGUGAAGUCAGAUGACGGGCUUGUGAAAAACCGCUCUGUUACGAGAGAUGAUGACGACGUCGCGGAAGAUGAUGGUGCCGGCGAAGUACGCCAGGACGACCACGCAGAGUCGACUGAGAGCGAUCGUGUGGAAAGUGACGCGCAGCCAGACUUCCUCGUGAAAGACCGCUCGGCGUCCGUCCUGAGUGACACCGCGUCCGUGGAGAGCUCGGUCUUCGGGCCCAGCGACUCGGAGGAGACGUCUCCGGGACUCGGGCACGCCAAGAUGAUGUCCAAGAUGAAGUCCGACACGGACGCGGUUCGCGAGCUCUUGCGCAAUAGCCGGGCGUCGGAACGACCGCACGGUAGACCGUCCGGCGGGAGCUUCACCAGCCUGCGCAGCAUGGACGACUUGCCCCAGUUUCUGAGCGACGCGGCGAGCAUCGGCCGCUGGGGCAGCGUCGAGGCGCUCGACGAGGCUGACGAGGCCACACGGCAGUCGGCCCGGACGUCGGAGGACGAAUCAGAUGCAGAGGUGUCGUCAGCAGAUGACUGCAACUUUGUCGAGUCGAAAGCUGUCGGGAGACUGUCGGAGGUUAUGGAGCCACAGCCAGCGUCACAGGUUGAAUCUGCGACCGUCGCGCCUGCUGUGACGGAGAGGCUACCCAAACUGCCGGAGCCAGUGGUGCCAACCUUGCCGGAGGACGGCAAGGAGGAGCCACUGGACAUUGACUGGGAGUACCAGCUGCCGGCGCCACCCUCCGCCUUCAGGGACCGUGCCUCGCCGAGCAUCGUGGAGGGCGGGACGGUGCCUCUGGAAGACGCCAGGGCCUUCCAGGAGGCGGAGGAGUCUGUGGACAGCGGAGACUUCUCCCUGACGGACGUCGCGGAGCGCCCGAAGGCGAGGAAGUCUCUGGACGACUUCAGCGUCCGCAUCGGCGGCGGGGAGAUCACCCGCGUGAACCCCCUGUACGACUCCCGCCGGUUCGACGGCCGGCCGACGGAAGAUGCGGCCGAGUCCUCGCUCCCCGGGCCGGAGCCCACGUCGGUCGAAGACGACGCAGACCGGAGCUUCGAGUCGAAGGAAGAUGCGACCGGCAGGAAGCUGUCGGAGGCGCUGGACCGCGAGGUGUUCACGGACUCGAAGCCACGCAGUCACUCCGUGGGGGUCACGGACGUGUUCCAGCCGCACCAGCUGUCCAACUUCAAGAUCUCGACGUACCAGGGCCGCAGGGACAUCGACAGCAUCUUCAGGGAGGCGGAGGCGGAGAGCAGUGCGGUCAGGGGCCGGGAGUUCAAGGAGCCGCUGCCGGCGUCGAAGAACGUGCGUCGCUACGGCUCUGCCAACUCGCUGGCAGCGGUCCAGACCGGGGCCCCUGGCCGGGACGAGGCGGACUCGGUCGCCCUCGCUGUGAAGCGGUCGGUCUCGCACGUGUCCCUGGGACCGGGCAGACCGGCCUCGGGGCAGGAGGUUCGACGGAGCAGCAGCAGCUCCCGGGACCACCUGCGGGGCGAGCUGGUUCACGGUGGCGACACUGUGCCGAAAGACGAGCCGAGGUGCGACACGGCCGCCCGGGAAGACGCGGAUGAGAAGAAGAGUGACGCGCCCUUCCAGUCGCUCCAGGUUUUGCGCACCAUUCUACCUCACAUGAUACAUAGUCAAGUUGCAGAAGAUGUGAACAUUAGCAGUUCUACCAACCAAGAAAGUGAAAGCAGGAGAGCGGAGCCGGUGUCGGAGAGCGCGGCUGCCGAGGGCCCGGAGAGGCGCUACAGGUACCAGGGCCCGCCGGCCGUCAAGCUGUCCAGCUGGAGCGAGCGCCCCAAGGUGAAGGUGGGCAUCCGGCAGGACAGCGACUACCGCAUCGGCCGGGAGGCGGGCGCCGGAGCGAAGGAGGAGCCGGAUGCGGAGGUGAAGCAGACGCCGCCGCCCAAGGUGGAGCAGACGCCCCUCAGCAUGAGGCUGGUCUCGGACGCGCCCGUCAGGAAGGGCCUCUCGACCAGCCAGAUCCUGCAGUCCAUCUCGCACCCGGACCCCUCCUUCGGGCUCCCCCCUCCGCCGGCCAGGACCUCCGUGCUCGUGGGCCGGACGCACGCCGACCCGUCCCGGAUCCCGAUCGUGCGCGCCGUGGAGCUGAAGAAGCCGUUCCAGCAGCAGCUGCAGAGCCGGGGUGGCGGGGUGUCCAUCAGCAUAGUCCGUCGGGACGAGGAGGUACUGGUGGGAGGCGAGCGAGUGGACGGGCCCGCGAAGGACGGCGUCUUCGCCGGGGUCAACUCCCUGGCCAGGAUGUUCUCCGCGGGCACCCUCAGGCCCUACAAGAGCCCCAGGCCCACGUCCGCCUAUGAGCCCGGUGACGGCGGUGCCAGGAGGCGGGAAGAGCUGGCCGGCGGUCUCGACAGGAGUUCCAGCGUGACCAACCUGAGCCCGAGCGUCACGGUCAACUCCUCGGAGAGCAGCGCGCCCAGGAAGUACACGUCCGUGGUCGGCGUCAACAAGCCGGGGCCGGGCUCCUCGGUCGUCAAGGUGAACGGCUUCUCGGGGGCGCCGGUGGUGAAGGGCUUCCGGCUGGCGUCGCAGCCGCCGGCGUCGGUCAGGAUCGAGCACCGGGCGGAGGCGAGGGUCCAGCGGUCGGAGUCCGCCCUCGUCAAGGGCUCGACCCUGGCGAGGGACCCGCUCCCGGCGGUCGUCAGGGUGCACGAGAAGCAGUCCCUGGCCAAGACUCGCUCCCUCCCCGGCCCCGAGGCUCCCCCCCCGCCAGCGGACCCUCCCCGACCAAAGAACUCUGCCGUGGCCGCCGGAGACUUCCGGGGGCAGCUGAUGGAGGCCAUCCGGAGUCACGGCGGGCGCGACGCGCUCAACAAGACCCACGCGACUGAUGUGACUGCGCCAAAUGUGAUAUUUAGGUUCUGAUUAUAUUCAACGUCUUAUUUUGAUGUAGUUUUGUUGCAAUAGCUAUAAAGUUCAAAGAUUUUGUGAAGCACAAUUGUACUUUUUUUUUAAAGUGUCUUCCGAAGCUAAACAGUAGCAUAUAUGUAUGAAUUGCACUGGAUUGAUUAUGAUACAGAAUUAACUUUGAUUUUGUUUAUUUUUUGUGCCUUAAUGUGCAUGUUUGUUGAAGUAACUACAAAACUUUUGAGCUUCUUAAGGUAGAUGUGUUCAUUAUCAAGUUUGGAAAUCACAACACCAAAAUGAGUUUUUAAUCAAUUGUUCUUUUUAUUUUCAUUUUUUUUUACAAGCGCCUAAGUAAAGUUCCAGAAUGCGGGUAUGUUUGAAGAAACAAUAACUUGGUAUGUUAUCAGCAUUGCACGGAACCAAAUGAAAUUAGUGUAAAAUGCAGAGUAGUGCAUAAUCUAGGGAUAAAAUUAAUCACCUGUGUUUCUUUACAAUUUUUUUUUAUUCAGUAAUAUGAGGCAUUGUCUCUUUGGGACAUUCAGUUCUGUUCUGAAGCUGCAAUAUGCAAGUAAUUUGGUCAGUAAUGUGCUGCUGUGCAUAGCAGUAGUCUUCUUAAACUUUCAUAGUCAUUUUAAUGGUAAUUUAUUGGAGGAAUUUUCCUGUAUUUGAUCAAAGUCUGUUUUGAGAAUUGGGAGUAUUGUAGUUACUAGCGAAAACCCCAUCAACAUUGUAUAUAGGUAGUCCCCUUCUUGUCUAGGCAUAAUGUACAAUGUGCUCACGUAUUUAGUCACUUUCUAUAGUUACUAUUUAUUUUAACCAGAGCAACGAUAUAUGUUUCAUGCAGUAACCAAUAUUUAUAAGUAUAAACCAUAAAUGCAUUAUUUGUAACUAAGUUUCAUACUGGGAGAAUUGUAAGUCAUUUUAUAUAAAAUCCACAUUUGAGUGGUGGUAUUCAUGUGAAAUGUAACUACCUGCCGUAACUCUUGUUUAGUUGUUUAUCGAAGUAUACAUAUCAUUGCAACGUGUAAAUACUUGUGAAAUGUUCAUAGAAAUGGAACUUAGUUUAGACUGAAACAUUUGGUGUGCGGGUGGUGAUUUUUAUUUGGCAGUUUGCAGCGCUACAUCAUCAGUCAUACUUUUUUUUCCAACUUGAUCACGUGAUCAUUAUGCAAAUGCACCUUUCCUAAACCAUCUACGUAAAGUUUUAUAAUGUUCAUCUAAAUACUUGCAACAGACUUGGUUCUUUUCUCUAAUGUCAGAUAAAAUUUAAAAAAUAAAUUAAUAUCUGUGUGUAUCUGUUUGCUUAUUUUGUUUUCCAUUACUUUUUUUGGAAAAUAUUUUUUUUGACAAUAUACGUGUGUUCAUUUUUACUGUCUAAUAAAAUGUUAAGUUUCUUCCCUCGUUUUACUCUUCAAGGAAAGUUUUGCUAACUUUUCAUGUGGGAUAAAUAUAUUAUGGUAUAAUAAAUAUAUGCAUUUGUAAGUAUGUAAUUUAUUUUGUAUUAUUUUGUUGUAAAAACUGAAAUGGCUCAAGAUUCAAGCGCUUGUAUAACAUGUAUGAUAACAUUUAAAUCAAACUGUUAAAGAUAAAACUUUUGUGUAUGUGUACCAUGUAUAAAAAGGUUUAUAGGCAAUACAAUAUGUAAUAUAUUCUAAAGAAAUCAAA